UUUCGGUCACGCGAGGAUAAGGAAAAGCACAAAAUGCAGAUGGCGUUGAAAUAUCUUCUGUUCCUUGUUCUUGUGGGCCCAGCAUUAAGUAUACCAACCAGUCAAUGCAUUAAACUUAUUGCAAAACUUGAAGCCAGGAUUGCCUUCCUGGAAAACAGAACUUGUGAUAAUGCUGAAAUAACCCCUCCACAAAAUUGCCAAGAUAUUUUGAACCUUGGAUACACAAACAAUGGAAUAUAUAAGAUCUUUAGUAAUGGAGAAACAAUGAAGGUGUACUGUGACCUCACAACUGACAAUGGUGGAUGGAUUGUCAUCCAAAGAAGACAAGAUGGCUUGGUUGACUUUUACAGAAACUGGGCAGAUUAUAAGUUUGGGUUUGGGGAAAUGUCAUCAGAUUUCUGGAUUGGUCUCCAUAACAUGCACCUCUUAACCCGUGAGCAAAACUAUGAGCUGCGUAUUGAUAUGAAAGAUUGUAAUGAUGUCAACAAAUAUGCUACAUAUGGGUCAUUCCGAGUGGGAGGUGAGUCAGCACUUUUUAAACUUCAAAUUGAAGAUUAUAACGGAACAGCAGGCGAUGGAUUAUCUGUAAACAAUGGUGCUUAUUUCUCAACAAAGGACAGAGAUAAUGAUAAAUUCCAUCUUCAUUGCGCAACCCACAGAACUACUGGAUGGUGGUACCGUGGCAACUGUGGUGACGCCAAUUUAAACGGCCCGUACUCCCCAUGUGAAUGGUACGAAGAUUCCGUGGCGAGUUAUUAUCCAUUCCAAGAUGAAUUCUAUGGUCUUAAGUUUAUUGAGAUGAAAAUCAGACCAGCACUAUAGAGAUCUUAUAACUGUUGCUAUAGUGACCAAGCCAUAAAGAUCUUAUAUCGUGUGAAAUAAAGUAGGAAUAUAUAGGAUCUUUAUAAACCUAUGUAAAGAUCUUAUAUAUGUUGCUAUAGAAACCAAGACCGUAAAGAUCUUAUAACACCUUCUUAAAAUAAGUAACUAUUUCUAUAGAUAUCUUAUAAAAUUUAUAAGAUCUUUAUCAUGUAAAAUAAAUUAAUUUUAAACUUUGGUAAGUAUUAAGUUUAUUGUAAUUCGCAUUAUUAUAACUUGUAUAAAAUUUUAUAAAUCAAUG